GAAGUCAGCCUGUGUUCAGUGUUCAGUUUGGUCAUGUCUGGACUGUUGGGUGUUCGACUGCUGCUGUUGUGGGGCCUCGUCUGCCUCGGGCCGCCCAGCCUGACCCAGGGGGCCCUGGUCAUCUCUGGGUACCCUGAUGCGACACAGGAGACGAGAGGAGCUGCCAGAUCAAUGCAGAAAAGAAGUACAAAUGAAGCCACGUCUCAGGUGGAGGUGUACAGUGUCACCGUGGAGUGCACGGUGACGUCUCGUUUCGCCCACACCGUCAUGACCUCCAAGGCUCGGAACCAAGCAAACUCCUCGCAGGAAAUCUUCUUUGAGGUGGACCUGCCGAAGACCGCCUUCAUCACCAACUUCAGCAUGGAGAUUGAAGGUCAGGUGUAUGUUGGAGAGGUGAAGGAGAAAGAGAAAGCCAAGAAACAGUAUGAGAAGGCUGUUUCCUCUGGACAGACUGCUGGACUGGUCAAGGCCUCUGGGAGAAAGAUGGAGAAGUUCUCAGUGUCUGUCAACAUCGCAGCCAAUAGUAGCGUGACCUUCAUUCUGGCCUACGAGGAGCUCCUUCAGAGGAAAAUGGGCCAGUAUGAGAUCUUAACUCGAGUUAAACCCAAAACCCUUGUCCAGGAGUUUCAGAUUGUGACAAAUAUCUUUGAGCCUCAGGGCAUUACGUUUGUUGAUGCCCAUGCAACCUUCCUUUCUAAUGACCUGCUCCCCCAGGUGGACAAAACGGUCACAGACAAAAAGGCACGCAUCUCGUUCUCACCAACUGUGGAGCAGCAGAGAAAGUGUCCAGGUUGCGAUGGAACACUCAUUGAUGGAGAUUUUGUCAUCAAAUAUGACGUAAACCGAGCAGAGGGCUUUGGAGACAUUCAGAUUGUGAAUGGAUACUUUGUGCACUUCUUCGCUCCACCUGACCUGCCCAGACUCCCAAAGAAUGUGGUGUUUGUGAUCGACAGGAGCGGAUCGAUGAGUGGGAGAAAGAUGGAACAAACACGACAGGCAAUGCUUGAAAUCCUCAAAGACCUCCACGAGGAGGACCACUUUGCCCUGAUCCCGUUUGACCACAGUAUAACUCCCUGGUUGCCCUCACUUAGCAAAGCUACUGAGGAAAAUGUGAAUGAUGCCAGGAGCUACGUGAGGCUCAUGCAAGACAAUGGAGGGACCAAUAUCAAUGAUGCAGUGUUGAGAGGUGUGACAAUGCUGGGCAAAGACAGGGAGGAGAAGAAGCUCCCUGAAAGGAGUAGUGAUAUGAUUAUUUUAAUGACUGAUGGAAUGCCAAAUUCUGGAGAGACUAACCUCCAGAGGAUCCAGGAGAAUGUGCAUUCUGCCAUCAGAGGAAACAUGUCUCUGUUCUGUCUCGGGUUUGGCGAUGAUGUGGACUACUCCUUCCUGGACGUGAUGUGCAAACAAAACAAAGGACUGGCCCGCAGAAUAUAUGAAGCUUCAGAUGCAGCCAUUCAACUUCAGGGUUUCUACGAGGACGUUUCCAGCCCUUUGCUCUUGGAGGUGGAUGUGCGUUAUCCCGACAAUGCAGUAGGCUUUUUGACAACCAACCACUUCAGCCAGCUUUUUAAUGGCUCGGAGAUUGUGGUGGCUGGUCGGCUGACAGACAACGACCUGGACAACUUUAUGGUGGAGGUGUUCGGCGAGGGGCCUGAGGAAAAGUACAAAGUGCAGGGCAAGGCCAGUGCUCUGAACUGGAAUGUUGUGUACCCAGAUGAGGAGUACAUCUUUGGGGACUUCACAGAGCGCCUGUGGGCCUAUCUGACCAUCCAGCAAUUACUGGACAAGAACAAGAGUGGAACACCAGACGAGAAAGUCAAUGCUACAGCAAGGGCGUUGGAAAUGUCUCUGCAAUACAGCUUCGUCACCCCUCUCACUUCCAUGGUGGUCACCAAACCUGAAACCGAGGACGGAACUGAAAGCCCUCUUAUUGCCGACAAGCUGACUGAGGAGCAAAGACAACAGGCUGACAGAAUGGCGCAAAGACAACAGUUUGACAUGACGCAAAGACUUCACCCCAGCAGAAUGGCAUAUCCGUUUGCGAACUAUCAACCUUCACCUACAUAUUUUGUGGAUGGAGAUCCUCAUUUCAUGAUAGAGCUGCCAGACAGAGACGACGCUCUGUGCUUUAACAUCAACGACAAUCCAGGAACCAUUUUCACACUGGUUAGAGAUCCAGAGUCAGGUAUUUUGGUCAAUGGCCAGACAAUUGGGGACAAGAAAAUACCCCUCGAUGGUACAAUCCACACCUAUUUCUGGCGGUUUGGCAUCAUCCACCGCACUCUGGGGGUGAGGCUGGAGGUCAGCACUCAUGAGAUCUCAGUGUUCCAGGAUGGCAAAUGGGUGAAGCUGCUGUGGUCUGAUACAGGCUCUCUCAAAGGACCCAAGCACUCAAUGGGCUGGCCCCAGCCUACAUCACUGACCUUGUACAGCCCCAGUCAGUCCAAAGGUCCCUCAGAUCCUCUAGCAAAGGUUUUCUGCACGUGCCACGCUCACGGCUCAAGCAGAAAGGUGAUAGGGCCUUUGCUGUUGUCACACCGCGGUCACUUGCCCUUCCUCAUGUGUCACCGGUCUGAUUGUCUCUGAUUGUUUCCACCUGUUCCCUUCACCCUCAUGUGCUUAUAGUCUGCGUCUCCCCUUUGUCUUGUGCCGAAGUGUUUCGUUCUUGUUCGUGCACCUAAGCCUUACCCACAGUCAUUGUCGUUUUUGCCAAAGAGUUUCUUGCUACGCCACGUAAGAUGUUUUCUGUUUCCUCCUUGAGAGUGAUUUUUUGUUUGUUAAAGUUUUCCAGUUUAGCUUUGUUUUGUGUUGUUUGUAAACUGUUUUUCUUCCUCCCUUUUGGAGCGAUUUAUGUUAAGAGAGAUUUAGUUAGUUUGUUGAGCCUCCUGUUUAGGUGAGCCUUUUCUUUUGCCCCAUUUAUUAGUAGUUUGGUUUUCCUCCUUCGGGAGCGCUUUUGAUUUCUUGCUCUUGCCAUUUGUUUGUCCUUCGGGAGUGGUUUGUUUAAAAGCUUUCUUUUUCUAGUGUAUGUUUUGUAUUUAUUAGGAAGUUCUUUUUCCCCAGUUAUUGCUUGCCAAGUAUUAUAUUAUAAUAUAGAUAUAGUUAGUGAGAUUUUCAUAGCCUUCUUGUUUGUCACUCUGCAUUGAGGUUCUGAAAUCAAUAAAGUGUGCUGGUACGUGAUAUUCUCUGCUUCUGAGUCCUCAUUCCAGUCCAGGCCUGACAGCUGUCGCCGCUCCACGUCUGUGGAACCUGCUCCCUCAGGACAUUAGAUCCGCCCCCUCCAUUUCUGCCUUCAAGUCUAGGCUAAAAACCCACUUUUACUCCCUGGCCUUCCUUUCCCCCUAACUGUUAUUGAAUGUUAUUGCACUUUGUAUUGGAUUUUAGGACUUAUGGUCAAUUUGUAUUGUUAUAUUGCAUUAUUUGCCUUUUUAUUGUCAUUGUAUAGCACCGUAUUGUUAUAUUGUAUUAUUUGCCUUUUAUUGUCAUUGUACAGCACUUUGGUCAGUUUUAUGCUGUAUUUAAAUGUGCUCUAUAAAUAAAACUUACUUACUUA